AAAUAGUAACGUUACUUUGUGUAGUGUUACAUUUCACUUGGUGUAGCCCCUUGGAGGGUUGGUUUCGAGACUCUUCAUGGUUGGGGACUCUGUGGUGGUGUACCACCAACCUGGACCUCGGCUCUUGGGCGUGAACCAGCAAAGGGACCAAAGGCAUGGGCUGCUCUCAAGGGGGUACACGCUCCUGCAACAGCGGCGGUGGCUGUGGUUUUGGAGCGGCAAAUGGCGGCACUUCGAGUUGACGAAGGCGAACCGGUGGAGGAAGGAGUGCAGAAAUUCUUCGACUUGUUGACACGGCUCGAAGGAGCUGAUCUGAACUACAGUGACC